CAGAGUGUCAGCGGAAAUGUUUGUCGUAAACAAAAUUAAAAUAAUCAUAGCUUGUUUUCAUCGCUGCAUGAACGCUAAGGAGGAUGGUAUUUUCUUCUUACCUUCGAAAAUAUCUGAACCUCCCGGCAUUGCCUUGAACACUGUUAAAAUUUUAAACCUCCAGAUCUUGUAACACUAGAACUAUUGGAAUCCUAAUUUCCCUAAUUGAAUUUGACUCGUGUUUAAUGCUUGCUCCGAUUUUACUCUGCUCUGCUAUGCACUUUAAAAUGAAUAGAGAAAUAAUAAGUUCAUAUCAAUCAUAUCUCUGUUUACAUUAAUUUGACAGUAAACAACAGUUGCUAGGUAACAACAUUAUGAAUAAAGAUAGGUCUUGACAUACGAGGUAUAUGCAACCUUCUUAAUGUUGCAUUCAUGUCUUUAAAUUGUACCAAUUUUAUAGUGACAUCUGGUGAUGUAGUUUGCACAUUCGGUAGUCAACUUUACGCAAAAGUAGGAUAUCGGAUGCCAUUAAUAGAAACCGCCGCCAUCUUUACUAAUGUUAACUACGUUUCUAAGUGUCGCCCCCCUGCAUAUAAUUAUGCUUCUGUGACGAAGUUUCCUAAGUAUUGAUAAACUUUUUACAAAGUAAGACUGCACUGGCCAUAAGUAAAAACAGCUUUCGAAAAAUCACGCUUUUGCCACACUUCAAAAAUUUUAUGACAGAACGUGUUCGCCUUUUUUAAUACAUUUGUUUGUGUAGACUUAAUUAUAUGUAAAUUCAAAUAAUAAUUUGACAAUGCAGUCGGUUGUGACCUUCGAGAAACCAUUACCUCAUUUAAGCUUACCGGAUUGGGAUGCUCGUCUCUACGGGUUAAAGGUGACAGCAGAUACCCGAAGAGCAGACGCUUUCGAUUUUCGUCACAGUGCCCACCAGCUUAGAAAUGAGACCAAGAUCAAGACUGAUUGGGACAGUUAUCAUAAUAACAACCGUCUUAGAGCCAGGGUAUACGAGAUAGACCAAUGGCGAUCAACUCUUCAGGAACUUCUAGAUCGUAUAGACAGAGAGAUGAAUGCGCUGAAGGAGGAAAAGGCAUCUACGGAAAGAGAGUUGGAACAGCUAAACUUGCCUCUUUUAGUUUGUUCCGAAUGUCUUUCCAACAGAGAUGGCAGAAGAAGCACAGAAUUAACUUAUGAUCUUGCCGACACUGAAUUAAAGAAGGAACUGUGUGUAACAGAGAGCAAUAAAAAGAUGCUGAUCGAUCGGUGUCAGUCAGCUUGGGAGAAAAUUAACAAAUUAGAGGUCGUAAAGUUUAAGCUCCAGCUGGACCUAAAUGAUAAGAACGAAACCCUCCAAAUUGACAAGGACAUGCUCAGUCUGGAUAAAGAUUGUGCGAACAUUACGUAUAAGACGGAUUCUCUAAAAACCCCAAAGAGAAUGAUAACCUAUGACCAAUGGCUAGACCGAUGCGAAGCCACAAAAAAAAUGGCGAUAGAUGAACUUCAAGAAACUUUGAGCCUCCGGGAGUCGCUAUUUGUAGCCAGAGGCCGCGCCAGGAACCUCCUGAAAGCUCAAACGGACGCCACAAAUUACAUGAUGCGUAGGCGUAUCUAUGAUACGCAAAGGGCUAGGAAUGAAUUAGAUUGGCAGAAACUAAAGAUGGAAGAAAAUAUGGACAAACUAGCCACAGAACUAAAAGUAAUGGGGGAGCAAUUCACCGACAAAGUAAACGCGUUAAAAGUGGCCGAGACCCGCCUGGAGACUCGAGGGUACCGACCAGGCUCCGAACUGGCUGCAGACGAGGCCGAUAUCGGGUUGAAAGAGGAAGUGCGCAAUCUAAGGGAAACCAUCAGGCAAUUGCAAGAAAAACUCGACUGUGGAAAGGCUACGUACAACGCUCUCGAGGCAACUUCUAUCAAAAUUGCUAUGGAUCUGGCUGACAAAAACCAAUCUUUGGAGACAGACACUCGUGCCCUGGAAAUGAGGGCGGCCCUGGAGCCCAAGAAACCAACUGGCACCGACAAGAACCUGGUUCUCGCCAGCAUGGCUGAUGAAGUUCCCAAAACGGAACAUUAACAAGUUGAUCAAAGAUUCACCUGGAAUACAAUUUUGGAUUAUUUUUUGAUAUCUUUUGACAUCGCACACCUGUGACGUGACGGCAAUAUCGCAAAAUAGUAGUAGCAGCAAAGUAUUUUUAUAAAAAUCCAUAAAAAGUAUUAAGUAAUUUCUAAACAAAAACCUUAAAAAAAUAUUUUUGUCAAUUUUAAUGUUACUUGUUUCCAAACUUUAAUUUUCGAUUUGCAAAUUAGAGAGCCGAUUCGAAAUCAAAGGAUUACGGCUUGAAAAAGACAAAAAAGUAAGAGAGUUUGCCAGCUCGCGUUAACAUCACUUUUACAAAACUAUUUGGUCACCGUGAUGGCUCGUGUAAAAUAACAAAUUUGUUGCCUGAAAGUUACAUUUUUAUUUAAGAUUGUUUCCUUUUCUCGCAAUAAUUUGGCAAUAAUUUCAUAUUGAUUUCCGCCUCGAGGCAAUUUUCUCGGUCGUCGCCUGAAACAUGUCUCGAGAUCUUUCAAAAGUUACGAAAUUGCCCAUUAAACUUUUUAUUUUGUCAAACUAGAUGCCGUAUAUUGUAAAAAUUAUCAAUGUUGCCUAUUGUGCUAUUAUUUAUGCACUAUCAAUAAAUGAUUAAAGAAAGAUAAUAUAUUUUUAUUUCUUAUCAAAAUAUCUAAAAAAAUUAACGAUGUAAAUGGUGCAAUUUUUAAAUUUACAAAAUAAUAAUGGUUGCCCAUCCUGAAUAAAACAACCUUUAAAACGUUUAUUUAUAAUACAAACAAAUACAAUUAUAAAGAAAAAUACCUAAGAA